GGUUAAUAUCCCCAAGAAUCGCGCGGUGUCGAAAUGAAAUUGCGACUGUCGAAAUGAAUUAGAAUCAGGGCCUAGGUGUGGCGCGCUGGCGCUAUCCAACCAACCAUAAAUGCUGCACUGACACUGCCAACUUGCUAACCAACUGAGAGAUCUGUCAGAAGUUAUUUUUCUAAAUUUUAUUUAUAAAAACUAGCUGAUAGCUGAUAACUAUAACCGAUAAGCCUGAACCAUGGUGAUUAAAGUGUAUAUUAGUGGAAUUUCAGGAAACAAGGAGGUGAAAAAGAGACAACAAAGGGUCCUAUUAAUUUUGGACUCGAAAAGUGUGAAGUAUGAGGUGCUAGACAUAGCAGAGCCAGGGGCUGAGGAAGCCAAAGAUUUCAUGCAAAAUAAGUCUACAGGUUCAGGGGGCACAAUCAGUGAUCCGAAUCCCAGGCACCCUCUUCCACCUCAGAUAUUCAAUGAUGAUGAGUACUGUGGGGAUUAUGACAUGUUUGAUAUGGCUAACGAAAUCGAUGAAAUGGAGAAGUUCCUAAAGGUCGAACCGAAUUCCCUAGGAGAACAGACAGCCACAGCAGAGGUACAACUUAAAAAUGGCGAUAUUUCAAUCGAUGAAAAAAUAGACAAACUUGUUGGCAGUGGAACCGGAGAAGAGGAAUCGAAAGAGAACGAAGUGCCUAAUGACCAGGAAGCCAAAGAGGAUAAGGAUUCUGAAGAUAAAAAAGAGGAAUCAUUAGAGAAUGAAGACUCAGUAGAUAAAGAAAAGAACGAAGAGUCUACUGAAAAAGAGGAAACAAAAACGGAUGAAUCGGUUAAAGACGAAAAUGAAGGUGAAUCUGAUAAAAAAGAGGAUUCAAAGACAGACGAAUCGGUCAAAGAUGAAAACAAAGAUGAAUCUGGUGAAGAGCAAAAGAAAGACGAACCUAACAAAGACGAAACUCAAGAUGAUCCAGAUAAAGAUGAAUCUGGCAAAGAAGGAAAUAAAGAUGAAUCUGGCGAGGAGGAAAAGAAAGACGAAUCUAGCAAAGAAGGAACUGAAGAUGAUCCAUCUAAAGAUGAAUCUGGCAAAGAGGAAAAGGAAGACAAAUCUAACAAAGAAGAAACUGAAAAUAAAGGGGAGUCUGAUAAACAAGAAAAUAAGGGGGAAACAAUUAAAGAUGAAGAAAAAGACGAGUCCAAAGUUGAAGAAGAAAAUAAAGAUGAAUCUGAUAAAGAAAACAAUAAGGACGAAGUUAAAGAAGAAACUAAGAAGGAAUCUGUUACAGACGAAGAGAAAAAGGAAUCUGUUACAGAUAAAUCUACGGAAGAAGAAAAAGAUGACGUUGUCAAAAAUGAAAACGAAGACAAUAAAGAAGAAAACAAAGACGAGUCUGUUAAAGAUGAGUCUAAGGAAGAAAGCAAAGAUGAAUCUGCUAAAGAUUUAGCUGCAGAAGAAAAUAAAGAUGAAUCUGCUAAAGAAGAAAAUAAAACAGAUGCAUCUACGAAAGAAGAAAGUGAAGAAGAAUCUGAUGAAGAAUCUGUCGAGGACGAAUCUAAAGAAGAAUCUGUAAAAGGUGAAGAUAAGGAAGAAUCUACGAAAGAGCAAAGUAAAGAAGAGCCUGUAAAGGAGGAAUCUGUUGAAAGGGAGGUAUCGCCAGAAAAAGAAACGGAAGAAGAAACUGCGCAAGAGGAACCAGCAGAAAAUACAGAAACAAUAGAAAAAGACAGCGAAGAUACAACACAAAAAGAGGGCUCUGUCGAGAAGGAAGAAGCUACUAAAGACGAUGAUGUCGACGAGAAUGAAGAGGAAGACGACAAAGAAGAUGAAAAAGAAACUUCCCCCGAAAAGUCUGAUGAAUAAAUAUUAGGAUUAUACAAAGAAACGCACUGAUGACCUAAUUAUAAGAAAUCGAAACACCAAAAUGAUUUUCAAAUUCGUUAUUGUUUUGCCCUUUUAUUUAAAGUUGUUUACAACUUUUUUGAGUCCUUUUAGACAGAAUUUUAAUCUAAUUUAAUCGUGUUUCAGUGUAUUACUAACUCAAAUAGGUAUAUCUAGAAAUUAGGUCUUUUUGAGUCCCAGCAAUUGUGGAUUAACUCGUUGAAAGUAACUCUUGCAUUGAAUUAUAUUCCUUACAGCAUUAAAAUCCGGUAAAUCUGAAUAAUUUUAAGUAUUAAUACUUUCAAAUUCCUUGGUCCUGAAUUGUCGUAGGCCAUAUAUGUUUUCUGUGGGUCAUAUAUGGUUUACGGGAAUGAUUUGUCAUCGUCAUAGGACUAGACAUAACUAGCAACUGUUUUUGUAGCAACUAUAUCUUUUUAUUUGAAAUUUUCAGAUUUUUUGUAAAAUAAUUGACUGUAUAAAGGCUGGUAAACUGUUUGAAGCAGGCUGGGUGAACUGUCUACAAAAUUUUUAUAGUAGGGAGCACCAAGAUUCAUCAUUUAUUGAUCAUACAGAAAUUCAUCAAUUAAUUAUUGAUAAAAUAAAUUAUCCGAAUUAUCGUGGGUCAUAUAUGGCUUCCGGGCUAGAUUCUUCAUUGUGAUACGACCGUUUGUGACCUCACCUGGACUAGAUAUAGUUAGCAACUGUUUAUUUCUCAUAAAAUCGCAUAAGAUAUCACAAGAAAACAAGUAGUCCUUUAUCUGGUUUUAAACAUGUCUGUAUAAUCUCGGCAUAACCUUAUUUGAGUUAGUAAUUUAUACAUUUUAUUAAAUUAAAAACAUUUUUUAUUUUUUGAAGUUGUGCUUUUACAAAAAUUGUAUGACAGUUGACGUGACAUCUAAAAAUUACCUUGAAGAUUAGGACUGAUAUAAAACUGGUGUAUUACCCAAUGUGCUGACUGUGGGUCUGUAGUAAAUGUCACAUUGCUGUUAAAAACGCUCUACAAUAACAAAUUGUAGACUUUCUAGUGCUAUUUGAACACCAUCAAAAGCUUUUGAGAAGGUUUGGUAUGACAGUUUUAUGAGCAAAGUACAUAAAAUUAUUCGUAUGCCAAACUAUUUCAGUCCUGUCUUAACUGAUAAUUGAAAUAAUGGGUCUAGUAUUAAGAUUUGACAAAAUUGGAAAACUAGAUGCAACAAGGACCUGUUUUGGAGCCCAUCUAGUACCUUAUUUAUGUAAAUUUAGUUGCUGAUUCUUCCAGGGUUUUCUAUGUUAUGAACUCUCAUAAUUUUAGUACUAGCACACAAAACCAACUAACCAAUCGUGUGAUAUUUGUGUGGUGAAAUAAAACAAGUAAAAAAAGACUUUCCAAUCAGUUUUUAUCAUGAAAAGUAUACUUAAGCUUUGAAUUCUACUUUUAGGGUAAUCUCAUUUUUUAAUUUAAUAUUUUAAACUAUUUUUGGAUAGCAUAUUUACUAAUGCUCGCUUAGCUUUCGAUAAUCAACAUUUUAGAGUCAUCUUCAGUAUUAAUUUAGUCAGAGGCUCAGCGAAAUAAGCUCUCUUUACGCCGUUUUCAGUUUUCUACGCAAUUAAGAUGACAAUAUAACUGCACUUAUUCUAAAUGGUGUUGUUUUCAGUUUAUUAAGCUUGAUAAAUUCUGCGUGAUAUGAGCCAUGUGUAAAGUGUGAACUGUGUUUUGUCCUUCAGAAAUUGUAGUCCUUAUCAGAUUACAGUAUUUUUGGACAUAAAUGAUAAAUACACCGCGCUUCAUAAGCACAUAACUGGAACAUGAUUCCUAAAAAGGCGUCGAAAGUUUGACACAGCAAAAUUCACGCAGUAAAAAGUUAUAUUCGUCAGAUUUUUCUUUGUGAGAAGAAAAUUGAAGAAAAUGAGUAUUAAGUGAUGUAGAGAAAACUGAAACGGCGUUGAAAAACAAUAUGGGUUGUUUUAGUACUUUUUGGUGUUUCUUAUUGCAAAUGUCAUAAUAUUUAUUCUCGCCUAAAAUCGUUCCUUAUUUAUUUCUUAUCAUCUUAUAUCAUAGUUAUAUUUCAUAUAGAAAUCUUUGUAAAAGCGCGGUUAAAAAUGGGAGACUGUCUGAGAAUUGCUUCUUUCUUUAAACAUUGUAGAAAUGAUGAAAAAGUAUUUUUCUAGUUCAGUCGAUGUACAGUUCAACUUAAACAGUGUUUUCGAUAUAUAAAUUGAAAGAAUAUGCAUAACAAAAACGUAUUGUUCCGUACAAUAUAGAUACCGUUGCACGCCUAUAUCUACGUCAGAGAUCUGAGUCGACAUAGUUGCCCAAUUACAGAAAAUUCUUGAAUUAAUUUUAAAUCAAAUAUAUCACAUAAUUUUUGUGCAAGUGGAUUAUACAACAAAACAAAUUAAUAUUUAACGUACGUAAAUAAAUAUAAAACAAGAAUUAAGUUAUAAUCUUACUUUAAAGUAAAUAAUAAAAACAAUAAAUAUAAUAAAGCACUGUCAAAUAAAUGUUACCAAUUUAUGCCAAAAUGUCACCUUUGUUUUGUUCGAUCGCCGUUAGAGUGUAAUCCGAACAAGUGUGCUUUGUAAACACGCUUUAUAUCCCACUUAUACAAAUUAAAUGAAUUAAGUUAGGGCAUGUUUCUUUAAAUUUAGAUUAAUAGACAUCUUCCAAUAUUAUUUCUAUGCGAAUAUAAUAAAGUAUGUCUAGUGGCUGUAAUUCCAGUGUAGUCGGCUAAACGAUUCUAAAAAGGAACAGACCUACCACUUAAAUAUUUCGUAUUGGUAUCAUGUGACGUCACGUGCUAUGAUGCGGAUGACGUGCAACGGUAUCUAUAUUGUAAGGACUGUAUGACAAAUCUUCCACUUAAUAACCAUAGUGACCGUCGAUUUUUGACAGCUCACUGUCAACUCCACGUGAAUCAGCUAGAGUAAUAUUUUUAUUAAUCUAUUCAAAUAUAUCAAAUCAGUUCCGUUUAGACUGUAUUUGAUGUUAUACCAAAAUUGUAAAAGUAAGAUAAUCAUUUUUUGAGUUGAACUGGUGUGGUAUAGAGGUACUGCUUUGAUCAAAAUAUUGUUGCAUAUGAUAUAUGUUAACUGUUAUAUCUUAUUUUGGAUUUUGUAAAUAUUUAUUAUAUCUUUUAUGAUCUAUUUCAAAUAAACUAUCAUUUUCUUUUCA